CUCCCGGCGCCAUGCGCGGUGCCGUACGCGCCGCCCGGCUCGUGGUCAUGGCCGCCGCCGGAACCGGCACCGGGACCGGCCACAAGCGGCCGCACCCCGAGCCCGCCGCCCGCAUCGGCACCCACGACGGCACCUUCCACUGCGACGAGGCGCUGGCGUGUUUCCUGCUGCGCCUCCUGCCCCGCUACCGGGACGCGGAGAUCGUGCGGACGCGGGACCCGCAGCGCCUGGCCGGCUGCGAUGUGGUGGUGGACGUGGGGGGCGAGUACGACCCGGGGCGGCACCGCUACGACCACCACCAGAGGUCCUUCACGGAGUCCAUGCGGAGCCUGCGGCCGGACAAGCCCUGGAGCACCAAGCUGAGCAGCGCCGGCCUCGUCUAUUGCCACUUCGGGGCGCAGAUCCUGGCGGGGCUCCUGGGGCAGCCCGAGGACGGGCCCGUGGUCGCAGCGCUCUAUGACAAGCUGUACGAGAACUUUGUGGAGGAGAUCGAUGCCAUGGACAACGGGAUCGCGCCGGCGGCGGGGGAGCCGCGCUACGCCCUGAGCACCACCCUGAGCGCCCGCGUGGGGCACCUGAACCCCCGCUGGAACGACCCCGACCAGGACACCGAGGCCUGGCUGCCGGCGCGGGCGCUGGUGGAAGAGGCCGUGCGGCGCCGCCUCGAGGUGGACAGCAGCGGGCAGGUCCUGGAGCUGUCCCAGGGUGGCUGUCCCUGGAAGGAGCACCUGUUCCAGCUGGAGCAGGAGCUGGCCCUGCCUCGGCCACUGCUGCUUGUGCUGUUCCCGGACCGGGGCGGGCAGUGGCGGGUGCAGAGCGUCCCCACAGCCCCCCACAGCUUCCAGAGCCGGCUCCCCCUGCCCGAGGCCUGGCGGGGGCUCCGGGAUGAGGCGCUGUCCGAGCUGGCCGGAAUCCCCGGCUGCGUCUUCGUCCACGCCAGCGGCUUCAUCGGGGGCAACCGGACCCGGGAGGGGGCCCUGGAGAUGGCCCGGAGGGCACUGGAGCUCGGGGGGGCCACCGAGAGCACGUGAGCCCCCUCCCCAGCGGGGUCACCCCAAAAGGGACCCUCUGGCCCAGUGUGGGGUCCAAGGGACGUGCAAGCACCGUUCCCGCUUGGACCCUGGAUUCUCCGAGGGAUCUGCUGUGCUGGGGGGGCAGCAGCCCCUCCCGGGGGUCUCAGAGCACCCACCCCCCGUGCUGGAUGGGUGCCAGCCCAGCCAGAGGCGUUUUGGCUCCGUUUCCUGGGAGUUUGACCCCGUUCCUGUCACAUCCCUGCUCCGAGGCACUGCCAGCACCAGUAAAAAACAGUGUGUGCCCAGUGCAGUGGCUGUUUGAGGGGUCCCGGGGGGCUGCGUGUGACACUGGGGGUGCUGUGGCUCAGGGACAGCCGUGACCCCCUCGGCACGGGGACAGCAAUGGCCGCACGGCGCUGCUGCCACCCUGCGUGUCACCAGCACGGUGUCACCAGCACCGCGGGGGGGUCACGGCGUCCCGUCCCUCCCGCUCGUUCCGGGGCCAUGCAGGCGGCCGGGCUGCUCCUGCUGCUGCUGCUGGGGCUGCCCCAGCAGCCCCGGGCCGGUUCCCGGUGCCCCGGGGGGGCUCCGCCGGUGCCGCUCCCACCCAGC